AAACACUUGGGAUAAUUCAUUCAAAGCCUCUCAAUCUUAUUUCCCUUGUCCUUUCUUUAAUCUAAUUUCCCCCCACCACUUAAGUUCAUCACACACAAAGAAAGAGACCAACCUUGACACAUUUGAGCAAACAAUGGCUAGCUGCAGCAUGGCAUCAGCUGCCUCAGGCUUUGUGGUCACACCUAAUGUUGCAACCAGCAACACUGCCUCGGCUAGCCGGACUAGCAUGUUGUUUUUCUCUUCCAAGAGCAACAUCAAUGCCAGAACUAGCAGCGGCAGGUUUGUGAUCAGGGCAGCCGAGGAAGGAGCAGCGCCACCCGCCGCAGCCACCAAGGCCCCCGAAGCAAAGCCUAAGCCACCACCAAUUGGACCCAAGAGAGGCACUAAGGUGAAGAUUCUUAGAAGGGAGUCCUACUGGUUCAAAGGCAUUGGAUCUGUUGUAGCUGUGGAUCAGGACCCCAACACCCGCUACCCAGUCGUGGUUCGAUUCAACAAAGUUAACUACGCAAAUGUGUCCACAAAUAACUAUGCAUUGGACGAGAUUGAAGAAGUUAAAUGAGCUUAUGCUAGCAUUAAUGUAAAUUGUUAUCUUAAUUCUCUUUCUAUCAAUUAUUUUCUUGUUUCUUCCUCUA